UCAAACAUUCUCCUAUAAAAAGUCAACUCAGGGAAACUGAUCAUUUUAAGUGGUCUCUUCUAUUUUUCCAGAGCUGUAAUUCAUCCAAUCUGACUAAUUUUAAGGAGAAUAUUUCAGUUUCCAGAUGAGCAAUGUGUUUCUAAAUGCAGUCAAAUGCAUGUGCAUGCCACAGAUUUUGGAUUUUCAUUUGAAAAUCUGAAGUUAUUUAUUCAGUAGUAAUUAAUUAAUUAUAACUAAUUGCUUAUUCUUUUUCUGAAUAUAAAAAUUGAGUUAAUAAAGGCAGAGAGGAACCAGUUUGGAACCAGAUGCUGGCCCAGCAGUACAGCUUGCCUCCCAUCGCAGCUCCUCCUCCUCUUUCCUGCCUCGCUCCCUUUCUCUCUCUCUCUCUCUCUCUCUCUGCCCCACUCAUGAUCUGUCUCACUACACAGAGACGGUUCUGAUCCAAAGUCAGGAGCAUCCCUCUGCCUCUGUCGUACCAUGGGAUGAGACUGCCGUUAUAUUUCAGCAAUUUUCUCCCUCGUCACAUUUGGAAUGUGAGUGGAAAGCUCUCUGCACACUUUUCCUCUCAUGUCCCCCGUGGGAUCACCGUGGGAACAGAGUGUGUGUGUGUGUGUGUCUGCGGGCUCGUGUUUGUGUCUGAUGGUGUCGAGUGGAGCAGCGCGAGCGGACCACCAUGAGAGGGGGUCACCACCAGCGAGGCUGCGGAUGUCAGCAUCUGUUCAGAAAACUUCUCAGUCAAUGCGGCUGCUGCUUUGCCAGAAGUAGAGCGGAGUCGUACUCUGUGGCGUGCAGUGAAGGCAGCGUUGCUCCGUCUGCGGGAUCUCUGCCCCACCAGGCCUCAGGGAGCACCAGCCCCUGCUCUCACUCCCCGUCUGGAGCAUCCCGGCACCCGGUCAGCGCCCUGAAAAAGUGGCUCACCAACCCGGUGCGGAAGCUGAGCUCUGACCCCAGAGGAGGAACGGGGAAAGCCGAGAAGCGGAGUUUCAAGGCAGAGGGAAAGCAAAAGCCUUUUUUGCACAGUGAGACUCGGCAAAGUUCACUGGAAGUGCACAAUAACUACACCAUACUGUCCUCUGAAAACACGGACUGGAAAAGUCCCACAGCGACGUCUCCGUCCCUGAUGUCCCGUCAGAGCUACUUAUGUGACCUUCUGGACGACUCACACAGCCCAAGUCAAAUAUCCGAGGUCAACACUCUGCAAGCGGAGGAGAGCUGUGUGGCUGAAGACUCGCCAUGUCCUUCAUGUGCUGCAGUCAACAGCGAGGAGGAGAAAAAACUCGCCCUGGAGAAGAGCCUAUACGUCCUGACAGAGCUGAUAGAGACGGAGAGGUUAUACGUUGAAGAUCUCGGACUCAUCGUUCAGGGCUACAUGACCAUGAUGUCCAACCAGGGCGUCCCAGAGGACAUGAGAGGAAAGGACAGGAUUGUCUUUGGAAACAUCCACCAGAUCUACGACUGGCACAAGGACUAUUUCCUGGGAGAGUUGGAAAAAUGUGUCAGUGAUCCAGACAGCCUGGCCCAGCUCUUUAUCAAACAUGAGCGGCGACUUCACAUGUACGUGGUUUACUGCCAAAACAAACCCAAGUCGGAACAUAUCGUCUCAGAGUACAUCGAGACCUACUUUGAGGAUCUCCGGCAGCAGCUGGGUCACAGGCUGCAGCUCAAUGAUCUCCUGAUCAAGCCCGUCCAGAGGAUCAUGAAGUAUCAGCUGCUGCUAAAGGACUUUUUGAAAUAUUACAGCAAAGCAGGAAGGGAUGUUGAGAAGCUUCAGAAAGCGGUGGAGGUGACGUGUUUCGUGCCAAAACGCUGUAACGAUAUGAUGAAUGUGGCAAGGCUACAGGGUUUUGAGGGCAAGAUUACAGCUCAGGGGAAGCUGCUCCAGCAGGACACUUUCUCCGUCAGUGAGCAGGACGGCAACCUCGUGUCCAGAGCGCGGGAGAGACGCGUCUUCCUGUUUGAGCUGCUGGUCAUCUUCAGUGAGCCGAUUGAGAAGAAAAAAGGUUUCCCUCUGCCAGGCUACACCUUCAAAAACAGCAUCAAGGUCAGCUGCUUGGGUGUAGAGGAGCCUCCUCAAGAGGAUCCGAGCUGUCUGGUCCUGACUUCCCGGGGGACAGACGGCAGUGUAACCCGCUUCAUCAUGCAUGCUUCGUCUCCAGAAAUACAGCAAGCUUGGUACAAUGAUGUGGUCCAGAUUCUGGAGACUCAGAGGAACUUUCUAAAUGCCCUCCAGUCGCCGAUAGAGUACCAGCGCAGGGAAAACACAACCAAUAGUUUAGGAAGGAGCGUGAAGUGUGCAGGUGUGCAACCAAGCAACUCCUCGUCACCAAUGGAUCGGCGCCACCAGCCCUGCCUGCUGUUUUACAACAACUCCCUGCCAUCUCUGCACUCACCACGGCUCAGCUCUACGUCGCAGGGCCCAAAUGCGGCUGCGAUGGCUCUUCGAGCCGCCCACCCUCCGUUUUCCUCCCAGCAGCAGCUCAGCUUGUCCACAGAGGUGAAACACGAUUGUGGCACCUUCAGCACCCUGUCGCCCUGCAGCCAUCACUGCUGUAAGGAUGUGGGUGCCGGUUUCCAGACGAUUGCGUUUUGUGGUGGAGCGUCCUUCCCAGCGCAUCGUCCAAACAGCUUGGAUCAGCUAGAGGAGAGCGAGCAGCACUGACCAUCAUUAAGGCUUGAACUCAUUUCACCUGUCUGGAGUCUGACAGGAGAGACUCCCGCACUGCUGCACACCGGAUGGCCAGGAAAACCUUAUAAAAUAACCCGUGUCUGAACGUGUCUGAGUUUAUGUGCUUAUACCACAUAUAGACAUACACAGUAGAUCACAAUGGUAGCAACGACUGACAUUUUUAAAAAUGCUUCAUUUCACUGCAGAUGCGUCUUUCAUGUUCCUUGAUGUCGUACAUGUUUAAUCUUCUUCUCUCCUGUUUUUCACUGGGUAUUUUAAUGACUAUAACUUUCAUCCCUCUGAACCAACAUAUGAAAUUCCCGAGUUGCGAUCACAGCUUUGUGUCAUAUAUCCGUAACCUGCAGCUUAAGCCUGGGAUCAAAUCCAUAUGUGCAUUCCCCACAGAUUAGCAAAUAGUGUGUGUUUUCUGUUCAGUGGACUAUUUUUGCCCUCCCAUUGUGAGUGUUAUCUGGAAUAAGUACAUUUGGAAACUCUCACAGUGGUGUAAUCAAGCCGAAAGAGGAAAAAGGGAACAAAGAUUAUACUGAGGUGAUCCUCUGUUGCUGUCACUUUGUUAAUAGAUUGUGUGGGAUCAUAACAGUAUGUUACUGUAUGUUGUGUCCCGAUAAAAAGGUAUAAAACAGAAAUGCUGUUCAGGUGUGUUUCUUUUUUUUCUUUUUUUAUUUAACUUCCUGUUUUUGUUUCAUGUUUAAAUUUAAAAUGUUUGACAUUUUCUGCAGUCUUUCAGUCAUCUUUAUCUGCUACUAUACCACUAAAAAUGUCAAUGUACUAGGAUCUUAAGAGGCCAAAUCACGGACACAUGAUGUUCACUUUGACUAGGCCAUUUUGACACAUAAAAUGCUUUGGUGGAGGCCAUUUAAUGGGGGCUCUGGUUGUAUACUUCCGUUUGGAUCAAUUUCCACCUCAGUAUUAAAUCUUUUAUGGACUCCAGCCGUUUUUUGUGGUUUAUAUUUAGAUCCAUAUUGUUUGGGGGGUAAAAUCUGACAAGAUUCUUUGAAAAAAAUAAAAUAAAAAUCUUCUCCACAGCAUGAUGCCAGCACUACCAUGUUCCAUGAUGAUGUAUCCAGAGUGAUAUCUUCCUCCACAUGUUGUGUCCUCUAUCCAUUGCAAACUCUGUGAAUUUAUUUCAACAGUCAGUUUUUUGCUACCCUAUUAUAUUAUACUUAUACUUUCUUCGGAAAGAAAGAAAAUCUCCAAACAGGUUUGUUGCAUGCUUGACCAAUAGUUUCCCUGCUGUCUCCAACCUGAGUUGCUGAUCUCAGCAACUCCUCCAGUCUCGGUGAUCUCACACCUGCAGAUCACACCGGCCAUGAUCUGCAGAUGUGCCGUCCUCUUUUGUUUGUUCACUCGUGCUCUCUAACAAACGAUUGAGGCGUUCCCAGAACAACUGCAUUUAUUCAGACUGAAUUAUGCACAGAGGGAUGCUGAUUAUUAAUUAAUGGACUUUUGUAGGCAACUCUGUUGCACUGGAUUUUAUUGAAGAGUGUCAGAGGAAAGGGGCCUGAAUCCAAAAGCAUGGUUUCCGUUUUUCAAUUUUUGUUUUGUAGAAAAAGACAUGAAUCCUUUUCCUUCCAAUCCACAGUUGCACUGUGAUUUGGUGUAUUACAUAAAAUCUAAAUCAAAUAGCUACAUUAAAAGCCAUCAUAGUAAUGGGUCACAAUAUAAAGUGAGUUUUGUCGUCUUCGAUGUUCGUAGCAUCCAGUCGCCGAGGCUCUUUGCUCAUGUACAGUUUUAGUGUCAGACCAGCACUCAUUAACUCACACUGCCUCCGUAUGAUUCUGCAAGGCUGCAGACCCAAAAUGCUUUUUAAAAAAAAAAAUUAUACUUUUUUUUUUAUUUUUUUUUUAUUCUUAGCAUAGCUGUUUUUAUUUUUUAACAAUGGAAUAAUUGUGUAUCAAUACCUUCUCUUGGGAUGUACAUUACGUUGCUGUUGUUAGAAUUAUUUUUUCUUUUCUUUUUUUUUUUAUUACUAUGUUUAAUUUUGGAACAAAAACAAUUAAUGCGACAAAUUUUUCCUUCGGUUUCGUUCUACAUCCCUAGAGACAAUUUAAUUCUGGGAACCGGAGGCGAUUCCCGGCCGUCUUCCACGCAUGUCCCACUGCGUGGGAGACUGUGUGACAGACGGGCUGCAAAUGCUUGAGGAACCCCUGAGGAGGAAACGGACGCUGUCCCUGGGGAGACGGAUGUCAUGAUUUCUUUUGUGGAUCUGUUGGUGUCAUUUUUAGAGGUUUAGUGAUUUUAGUUCAAAUCAUGAGAGAUUUGCUCAGAUUUGUGCAGCACAAACAGGACUUGUUCACAUAGUUUAUUUACUAAAGACAUUUACUAUUUGAUUUGUUUAAUUUCAUUGAAUGAAUUAUGUAUUUCUGCCUCCAUCUAGCUACCAAUCAACCAACACCAAACGAUAAACAACUGAGGUUCUACAAAUAGACACUAUAAUAAAACUUAGAUAUUUUCUCUUUGUUUUUUUUUCUGGAAAAAUUGGGUUUAAUUUCCUCAAAUAACACUAAAAAUGAAAGUCGUUUUUAUUUUAUUUUAUUCUAUCUAAAUAAAAAUGGAUUUAGGCUGGAAACGAUGUGCAAAUAUUAACAUUCCAUAUACGAAAAUGUUUCUAAAUCUUUUAGAAAAAGCUCUUUAAAAAAUCCAACUAAAACGGUUGAUUUUAAAUAUACUUUAAAAAAUAUUUGCGGCUCUUAACCGGUUUUAUUUCGCUGGACUGGGGUCAGAAAUGGCUCUUUGGAUUGUAAAGGUUGCAGAUUCUUGAUCUUUGGCAAUCCUGACACACCAAGCUGGAUGAUAAUCCAGGUUUACUUUAACACCACACAAGAUGUAAAAAACAAAAAAAAUCUCCAAACCUCCAUGUGAUAAAUCUAGAGCACGCAGUAACAUGAUCUCCCUAACCACCAUUUAUUUUAAGGCUGGUGUGGAAAUCCUCAGCAGGCGUACGAAUACAGCAUCUGUUAAGGCUGCUGUAAGAUGGAGUACAUCCUCAUACCCUAAAACCAGUCAAAAAUUUAUAAAACAAAUUUUAUUCUAUUGACAUUUAAUAUCAUUUGAAAUGAAAAUGGCUCAUAAUGCUGUGAAAGAAAACUUUCCACUUCAAUAUUUGUGUGUUUUUUUUUUUUUUUUUUUUUUUUUUUUUUUGAGAGGCAUGGGUGGGACAGUUUAAA